UCUGACGCAUUAUUUUCCAACGGAUUAGUAGUUCUUUUAAAAGACCUCAUAAUAAGACACCCUCAACAUCAACACAGAAUAACUAAACAAGACGCCUUUGAUCUGGACAUCAGAGCUACAGUAUGCUGUGCUGGACUUUUAGAUUUUUCACUUUUGCUGUUCUGAUCACCCUCAUGGGAUGUUUUACUGGUGCGCAAGGCAACUAUCGUCGGCCAACUAAAGUUGGAGUCAACUGCUGCAAGGAGGUUUCAAGAGCAAGAAUCCCUCUUGAAAUAAAACUGAUUGGAUACAAGCAUCAGAAUGCUCUGACUCCAUGUGUCGAUGCCAUUAUAUUCUACACUGAGAAGGAAAAAUAUUGCUCUGAUCCAAAAGCACGCUGGAUUUCACCCCGAUUGAAAGGUCUGAAGGAGAUACAAGACUGAACCAAUGGAAGUCUAAAAGAUGUACAUGCACUGCAUGUCUGAAUAACAAGCAGCUUUUAAUUGCAAAUAUAUCUAUAUACUGUAUAUCUAUCAAUAUAUCUUGAGAUAAUAUGCAUUGUGUGUGUUUAUUUAAGCAAAAAAAAUCACUAUAUACCCACUAGUUAAGCCUAGCAUUAGCUUAUGUUAAUGAAUGUUGUGUGAAUGUUGGACAAGAUGUGUCACUUAUAACUGUAAGCUUUGUUUUGCCUGUUCUAAAAUUAAAAUGAAAACUUGAACAAAAA